UGUUUCUGUUCGAUUGAAAGCGGGCUAGGGUUUUCUUCAAACGUGAAAAGGGAUUUUUCUUUCUCGGAGAUCGUAAAGAGAAAUUGAGAAUCGAUUGGAAUCAUUGAAAGCAAGGUGAUAGUGCAGAUUUAUUGAUUUUAAAACCAUGGAAGGUGAUUUUUCAGUACAAACAUUCGCCUCCUAUGGCGAAGAACAACAUCCCCAAAACAGAUUUGAUCCGUUUGAUAAAAUAGAUGAGCCUCAUCAGAGCAAUUCUUCUACAGGAAAACUCUUUGUUGGAGGAAUUGCUUGGGAAACUUCAAAAGAAUCAUUUGCUAGUUACUUUAGGAAGUAUGGAGAAGUUCUGGAUUCUAUAAUAAUGAUGGACAGAAUUUCUGGAAAGUCAAGGGGGUUUGGAUUUGUGACAUUUGCUGACUCCUCGGUUGCUGAUUUUGUACUUGAUCAGGAGCAUUUUAUAGAUGGGAGGGGGGUGGACGUGAAAAGAACAGUUCCUAGGGAGGAAACACUACUCAAAGGUGUACCAAAAUCAAAGAAGAUUUUUGUGGGUGGUAUUCUGCCUUCCUUGUCAGAAGAUGAAUUCAAGGAUUACUUCUCUUCCUACGGUGUCAUUGUUGAGCAACAGAUUAUGUUCGAUCAUAAUACUGGCCGAUCAAGAGGUUUUGGAUUUGUUACCUUUGAGAAUGAAGAGGCUGUUGAAAAGGUUCUAUCUGGUGGAAAAACUCAUGAACUUGGAGGCAAACAGGUGGAGAUAAAAAGAGCCAUCCCAAAGAAUGAUAAUGGAAGUGAUAGGCAGACACAUCGUGGUGGUGGUGGUUACGUUUCAAAAUCAUACAAUAACAGCUUCAACCAUGGAUAUGACAUAAAUGUUGGUAACUCAGGCGAAAUGGGUAGUUAUGAAAAUUUCUGGGGAGGAGGAUACGGAGGAAUGACUGCUGGUUAUUAUGGUGGAUACGGUUAUGGAUAUGGUUAUGGCGCCCCUAUGUACAAUGCUGGUGGGUAUUUUAACCCAAUGAGUUACAUUGGCACUAAUGUCUAUGGUGGAGGGUAUGGAAAUGGAGGUGGAUUUGGCCAUGCGGAAGCAGAAGCAAGGUACCAUCCUUAUCGAAGGUGAGAUGUGUGUUCAUUGUUUAGGUUGUUGUUUUUUUUUUUUUUGUAAAUUAUGAAACUUGGAGUUUGUUUCUUUGUUUGUAGACAUUUGGAUUUUGUUAGUUGAAUUGGCAAAAUUUGGAUUUCGUAUUGAAAUUGAACUUAGCGAGGAAGCUCGAAUUUAAAA